AAGUCUCUGUGAGUUACUCCAGACCCCCAACUCUCCAGAGUGGAAAGUUAACCCUGGAACCAUUCAGAGAUCAGGUAGGGAAUUGAUGCAACUCUGAGAAACACUUCCGGUCUGAGAACCUACACAGUUUUCGUCACCUCUCGUCAACCAAAGGCUUCACAUUUGAGACAUCAGAACUGAAGGCUGAAAUUCCUCAAGGAGUCACUCGGGAGCAAAUUGUGCCGGCCGAAGGGAGCGACACAUCUGUAUUACAUCCAUUCUCUCCCUCUGCCCAUCCUUACCCUGCUCUCACCUGCUCAUAGGUACUUAGCAGAAGUCAUCCCCGCGACUCCGCCAAAGACCAGCCUGUUGGUUUUGCAGGGGGAGGAAAAAGGAAAAAAGAGACUGCAGGCAAAGUUACAGCAUUUUGAAGUUGUCACCUUGGAAAAGUGAAGUCGGAAAGUGUGCCACAAUGAAUGGACCUGUGGAUGGCUUGUGUGACCAUUCUCUAAAAGAAGAAGGAGCCUUCAUGUUUACAUCAGAAUCUGUAGGAGAGGGGCAUCCAGAUAAGAUCUGUGACCAGAUUAGUGAUGCAGUGCUGGAUGCCCAUCUCAAGCAAGACCCCAAUGCCAAGGUGGCCUGUGAGACAGUGUGCAAGACAGGCAUGGUGUUGCUGUGUGGGGAGAUCACCUCAGUGGCCAUGGUUGACUACCAGCGGGUGGUGAGAGACACCAUUAAGUACAUCGGUUAUGACGACUCCGCCAAGGGCUUCGACUUCAAGACCUGCAAUGUGUUAGUGGCCCUGGAGCAACAGUCCCCAGAUAUUGCCCAAUGUGUCCAUCUGGAUAGAAAUGAAGAGGAUGUCGGUGCAGGAGAUCAGGGCCUGAUGUUCGGCUAUGCCACGGAUGAGACAGAAGAAUGUAUGCCCCUCACCAUUGUUCUUGCCCACAAACUCAACGCCCAGAUGGCAGAUCUAAGGCGCUCUGGUGUACUUCCUUGGCUGAGACCUGAUUCUAAAACUCAGGUGACAGUUCAGUACGUGCAGGAUAAUGGUGCGGUCAUCCCCAUACGCAUCCACACCAUCGUCAUCUCUGUGCAACACAAUGAAGACAUAACGCUGGAGGCCAUGCGCGAGGCCCUGAAGGAGCAGGUCAUCAAAGCUGUGGUGCCAGCCAAGUACCUGGAUGAAGACACUAUCUACCACCUGCAGCCAAGUGGGCGGUUCGUCAUCGGAGGUCCCCAGGGGGAUGCAGGUGUCACAGGCCGCAAGAUUAUUGUGGACACGUAUGGAGGCUGGGGUGCUCAUGGUGGCGGUGCCUUCUCAGGAAAGGACUACACCAAAGUGGACCGCUCAGCAGCUUAUGCUGCCCGCUGGGUGGCCAAGUCCCUGGUGAAGGCUGGGCUCUGCCGGAGAGUACUUGUUCAGGUGUCCUAUGCCAUUGGUGUGGCAGAACCGCUGUCCAUUUCCAUCUUCACCUACGGAACCUCCAGGAAGACCGAGCGGGAGCUGCUGGAGGUGGUGAAUAAGAACUUCGACCUCCGGCCUGGUGUUAUUGUCAGGGACUUGGACCUGAAAAAGCCCAUCUAUCAGAAGACUGCGUGCUACGGCCAUUUCGGGAGAAAAGAGUUUCCCUGGGAGGUCCCCAAGAAGCUUGUGUUUUAGAGCUGAUGGGAGGUUUGGCUUUGUUUCAUACUCUCCUUUCCUCUACGGAGACUCCCAGGUCUCCUUAGCCUCUUUCUCCCCGCUCUCACCCCGAAGGCCAAGCCAGCUUCUUCAAACUUUCUCCUACCCCGCAAUCUGCAAGCAUCUCAUGAAUGACAGAUGGCUUUCUGGUGUGAGGUUACCAGGUCUCCUUGCAAGGAUAGUCAAUGUUCCCUGUCUGUCCCUCAGAUAACAGCAAUGUUGAUUUUGUGAAAAAGACACCCCUGUUAGGCAUGAAGUCGCUCCCUCAUCUUUUCCCAUAGUCUGAACCUGACUAGGCCAUCUAUUCCUCCCAGCUGGGCAUGGACCCAGAUGAAUAUAUUGCAUAUACCUUGGGCUUCCCUUCACAUUUGCAACCAGAGCUCCUGAGCCAGGGCUUUUUCAAUGAAAUGUGGUCAGUGUCCCUUGAGCAACUGCACUGUUUGAGGGACUGAGCUGUGUUUUCUCCAUCACAGCACAAUAAGGUGGCCUCCUUACCCUCCACAUUAACAGACGAGGAAACCGAGGCGCAGAGAGUCUACAGAGCUCUCGCUGGUUUCCACAGCCACGUGUAUCAGUGCCAAGAAAUAGAGUUGGAGUUUUGACUUUAUCACUCUCGUAUCUGCAUCCCAAACCAGAUGUUGGCUUGAGUGAGGGCCAAGUGGAUUGGCUUGAGGCUGUGGGGCCUUCCUGGGAAUUAGGAGAUGAACUCGGUGGCUCUUGGAAAGCUCUGGAAAGUGUUACAGAAAAUCACAUUUGUUCUGGAAGAGAGCUGAGGGCAAAAUUGUCAAGCUGGCUGUAAUCUGGAACUAAGACGCUUCAUAGUCCUUGCUCCCAUCUUUCAAAGACAGGUGUGAGAGUGCCCUGGCCAUGGAGUUUAAACACAGACAGCCUCGUGUGUUUUCAUCCCCAUAGAGGAGAGGCCUCUUGUUUCAGCACAGGCAACCAGUCUCUGAUGGGGACCCUCCCCACUUCAAGGCUUUCUCCUUUCCUGGACCUUCAUGAGUAUGCAGUCUGACGGCUGCUUGGGAAAUGAAUGACUUAGGUGCAGAGCCAGCCUCCAAGCAGUGGACAAGUUACCCAAGAUCUCAUAAGAACCUGCUUUAACCAGGUGGCCUUUGAAGGGCGUGAUGAUCUACCAGGGUCCUGGAAGCCCAUGUUCCUAUGCUGUCCCAUCAUGAUUGGCACCACCUAUCCAACCUGUCCCUAGCCAGGACCUCCCCACAUCAGACCCCUUCCAGCUUCCAGAGCCACGGGUUCAGAAAGGGCCCUGGUUCACAGUGCUGGUUCUGGCUAGGAGAACCUAGCUGGGGCAGCUUUUUCAAGGAGCAGAUGCCUUGACUGGCCCACAGAGACCUCAGCAUUUCCCUUUCCAUCAGGUUGAGGGAUAGCAGAAGGGAAAGUCCUAAUGGCCAAAAAACCCUGGAGCCAUGUGUGACAUAGAAGAAUCCUGGGUCUCUCCAUAGGUUUCCUGGCUGCCUGAAGCCAAGUUCCUCAUACCAGAGGGUAGGAUGGGUGUGCUGAUGGCAGAGUUCCUGUAACCUAAACUAUAUCUAAACACACAAAUCCAGAAUUGUAUACUUCCCUCAACUGUAAGAGUAAUGAGACUCUCUUUUUUUCUUUCAACAUUUCAGAUGAAACAAAGCCAAUAUUUGUUACAAUUACCUGCUAGUACCAUGAAUAAAAACCCAAGAAGCAA